AUGGCUUCUCCCAGGGAGAGCAAGAAAGCCAUGAUUACAAGAGAUGGAAAAACUUAUCCCUCAACUCUUAAAAACUUCCCUGAUGAACUGAUCGAAAAGAUCAUAUCGCACUUCCCUCUCAAAGAAUGCACAAGGGCUGCACUUCUUUCGAAGAGGUUUAUCAACUCCUGGAAGCUUAAUCGUAACCUGUGUUUCGUGGUAAACAAACAGAGAUUUCCUAGAGAUGCAUAUGCUAGUCUCGUCGACCGUGUUUUGGACCAACAUUGGGGGCCAAAAGUAGAGAGAUUGGUCCUGACUUUUGAUCCAACCGGUCAGGAGAAUCGAGUGAACGGUUGGAUUCAGACAGCGGUCGCGAAGGGGGUUGAAGAGCUCCGUUUGGACUUCAGAGGUGCGCAUCAACCUUAUCCCUUUAGCUCUGACCUUAUAGAUGCUACACCUAUAAGAGCAUUGGAGCUGAAUAACUGUCUUGUUGGGUUUGCCACGGAGCUCAAUGGCUUGCGAUUUCUGAAAACUCUUGUUCUUAAAAAUGUUCGUCUCGGGAACAAGUUCACGGAGACAAUUUUCAACGGCUGUUUGCUACUUGAGAAUCUGGAGUUUGUGAACUGCAACAAUGAUCCUCGACUCAGAAUUUCCGCUGGAUAUUUGAAGCAUUUUAAAUCACUGAAAGUGGAAGGGUUUAGGAAUAUUCUCUCCAUUUUUAUCAAUGCUCCAACUCUGAAGUCAUUGCAUUACAAUGGAGACAUUUGCAAGUUCACUUUCAGCUGCUCUUUCCCUUCGCUGGAUGUGGCUGCUUUCGACUUCAGACCAAAUAGGAUGCGUCAACUUGAUGAAGUUGAGCAAAUCAUCAUGUCUGUCAGCUUUUGCACUGACCUCACCAUUUGCAGUUCCAUCCUUGAGGGGCUAUCUCCCAGGUUGAAAGAUUUUAAGUACAAAGAAUUCCAGUUCUGCCUUAUGAGGCUGAGGAAACUUACCUUGUUCCUUGGAGGAUCGAGCUAUCGUGGGCGGACAACUUUUGUUAACCCUUGCGACAUCGUUGUUUUCCUCAUGAAAUGUCCACUGAUCGAGAAGAUACACAUUGAUGGCUUUGACAUUGGGAUUCUGUCUUUAGAUGACUUGUGA